CGGGCGCAGCGCUCCUUCCUCCUCGCCGCAUCCCUGAGGGAAGCGCCGCCUCUGCGCCCGCUCCUUCCUGGCCGGACCCCGCGGCGCUCCACCCCGGCGGCCGGAGGAGCGGAUCUCCAGUCAGCCUUUGCAGUCCCCUUACCUUUUUUUUUUUUGUUUCCCCCCACCCCAUACCUCCCCUCUCCCCUGGCCGCCUCGGAUCCUUCGGCUGGGCGCUGAGGCAGGGGAAGAGGCUGGGGUCGCCACGGAGAAGGUUGCUGCCGCCACCCCCCUGCGGGGGUGGCCGGGGUUCCCGGCUGGGGGGGCACCGUUCCGGGUGAGGCAUCCACCAUGGUGAGGCCCCUGAGCCGCUGCGCCCGCGCCCCCCCGGCCGCCGCUGCCUCCUGCCCCUCGGUGCUGCUGCUGCUGCUGCUGCUGCCCCCCUGCCUGCUGUUGCUCCUCCAUCUCCAGAUCGGAUCGCGUUGAGGGAAAGAUGAGCGAGGAGACGGCGACUUCUGACAACGAUAAUAGUUAUGCACGAGUGCGAGCUGUGGUGAUGACCCGAGAUGACUCAAGCGGUGGCUGGUUACCACUUGGAGGGAGUGGACUAAGCAGCGUCACUGUCUUCAAAGUCCCUCAUCAGGAAGAGAAUGGCUGUGCUGACUUUUUUAUCCGUGGAGAACGACUCAGGGACAAAAUGGUGGUUUUGGAAUGUAUGCUUAGAAAAGACCUCAUUUAUAAUAAGGUCACUCCAACAUUUCACCACUGGAAGAUCGAUGACAAGAAGUUCGGCCUUACCUUUCAAAGUCCUGCUGAUGCUAGGGCUUUUGAUAGAGGCAUUCGAAGAGCUAUUGAGGAUAUUUCUCAAGGAUGCUCAACAUCAAAAAAUGAAGCUGAAGCAGAAGAGGACUUACAAGCACCUGAAGAAGACACUUCAAAUUCUCUAGUUAAAGAGCAUCUUUUCCAGCAAGAGACAGUUGUUACCAGUGAGCCUUAUAGAAGCUCAAAUAUUAGACCUUCUCCUUUUGAAGAUCUGAAUGCCAGAAGAGUCUACUUGCAAAGUCAGGCCAAUCAGAUAACAUUUGGUCAGCCAGGCCUAGACAUUCAGAGCAGAAGUAUGGAAUAUGUGCAGCGACAAAUACCCAAGGAGUGUGGAAACCUAAAGCCCCAAAAUAGGGUACCCUUGAAAUCAAUCAGACAUGUCAGCUUUCAAGAUGAAGAUGAGAUUGUUAGAAUAAACCCUCGAGAUAUCUUAAUACGUCGCUAUGCAGAUUACAGACAUCCUGAUAUGUGGAAAAAUGACUUGGAGAGAGAUGAUACUGACUCCAAUAUCCACUUUUCUAAACCAGAGAGUAAAAAAUCAGACUAUCUGUACUCUUGUGGGGAUGAAACUAAGUUAAGUUCACUCAAAGACUCUGUGGUAUUUAAGACACAGCCUUCCUCAUUAAAAUUUAAGAAGUCAAAACGAAGAAAAGAGGAUGGUGAACGUUCUCGCUGCGUAUACUGCCAGGAAAGGUUUAAUCAUGAAGAAAAUAGCAGGGGAAAAUGUCAGGAUGCUCCAGAUCCUAUUAAAAGAUGCAUAUAUCAAGUUAGUUGCAUGCUCUGCGCAGAGAGCAUGUUGUAUCAUUGUAUGUCAGACUCAGAGGGAGAUUUUUCUGAUCCCUGUUCAUGUGACACUAGCGAUGACAAGUUCUGCUUACGGUGGCUAGCCCUAGUAGCUUUGUCUUUCAUUGUACCGUGUAUGUGCUGCUACGUCCCUUUGAGAAUGUGCCAUCGCUGUGGUGAGGCAUGUGGGUGCUGUGGUGGGAAGCAUAAAGCUGCUGGAUGAAAUGAUCCGGUGCCAAAAUGAGCUUAAAAUCUUUGUUUCCAGGAAUUAACUAACUUGGAUUUGUGGAAGCUUUUGGCAAGCAAUAUGGAAUCUUGCCUGGUAUCACUGGGGCCACACGUGGAGGAAGCAGAACUCAUCAGUUCUUAGCAUUUCACAAAUGCUAGCCAUGCCUAACUUUUCCCUUGAGUGCAUGGCAUGUUUUGUUACAGGUUGUAGGGUAUUUUCAGAAGGAAGUCAUUUCUGGUUAUUGGCUAUAGGAGUCAGCAAAAAAUAUCCAACUAAAAGGGAUUAAUUCUGGCAUUUUUGUAUAUUUAUGCAUUAGGUGAUGGGACUUUUAAAGGUUUGAAUUUAUUAGGAUACGAACUAAAAGUAAAAGUGCACUAGGGGACUGUUGAUUUCAAUCUAAGAAAAGUUAACACUUCAGAAUUAUAAGAAGUAAAACAAGUGCAACUAAAUAAUUUGUUAGUUGUUUUUUGAAAGCAGUUUUAUGUAUAAAUAACAAAUGUUUAUAUUUAACUAAAUGUAAGGUACGAAUUAUUACAUAUUAAACUUUUCUUCCCCUUCCUAGUUCUGAAGUAGAUAUACAUUUAUCUACUGUCACAUUCCAUAUAUUUUGAAUAUUUAACUCAUCUAGUUAAUAAUGUUUUUAUUCCAUGUGAAUGAUUUGAUAUUUUCAUCCUCAUUUCUCUUUGGCUACAAUUUAUAUUGAGUUAUAUCUGUACAUUCUGGUAAUCUAAAAUCCUUAAAAAUAUUCUAAUAGCCUUGAGUGACCAACUUUUUUUUAAAGCACAGAUGUAAUUGUCUAAUGUUCUGAUGGGAAUGUAACACUUAUUUUUAUAUAAAAAGAGACUGAGUAAACAUUAUAGAAAAAAGUGAGGUUUUUUAGUUGUUUUGUUUUUUGUGGUAUUCAACCAGCAAGUUGUUUUCUUUCAGAGUUUCAUCCUUCAAAAAAAAUUAUAUUGCAUUUACAAACAUUUUACAAGUCAAAAAAAAUGUAACUGGAUACUUCGUGUAAAACAGUUUCCUCUUGAGAUCUCCAUUUAUUCUGCUAAAACAGAAUAUGUUCAGCUGUGUUAUUGUUUAGCUUAAUCCUCAGUUCUUACUAUUCACAUAACAAUGAUCAUUUUUUCUCAGUUGCAUUUUAUUUUUAUUUAAACGGGCCAAAAGUAAAAUUAUGUUAAAAUGUGUGCUAACUACCACAGGAAAGUAUUAAUCCAGUUGUCAAUGGAAUAUCUUGUACAUAUCCUUAUAUUUGUUUUGCAGAGCGUUGUUGUACUGGAUGUUUAAUUUGCAAUGUUAGUUGGAUACAUGUUCCAACAAACUGUUUAAAUAACUUGGGAUCAAAUUGUCUUUUUUUUUUUUAAGUAUUACAUUAAAACUCUAAUCAAGUAAAGGGUUCUUUAAGAACAUUCCCUUAGAGGGAUAAAGUUGAGAAGUGUGCCUUUUUUUAAUGGCUUGAAGUUUAAUAGGUGAUACAAAUUAAAAUCACACUACCAUUUAAAGCUCAUUUUCUAUGCAGGGUUUUUAAUGUCAUUUAUGUACCAUUCUUUUUACAUAUCACACUUAAGCUUGUGUUAGCUUUCUUCUUUUGCCCCAGAUCAAACUGAACAAUGUAUAUAACACUAUCUGUCUGUAAAAUACUUUUUUUAAGAAAGCAUUUAUAUUUAUAUUACAGCUUGAACUGACAACAUUGUGUAUAUAGAUCAUCUUGAAGUAUUAUUUCACAUUGAAAAGAAGAAAAAUAUAUUGAUAACUAUAGAUGUUAUGAAGAAGAGGUUAUUUCUAGUUUUGUACUAAAAAUCAAUUGGAUGAAAUGAAUCCAAAACAUGACACCGUAGCAGCAGUUUUAAGUCUUAUUUGUACUGUUUAUAUAUUUGGAUGCUGCUACAUCAGAUGAUCUUCAUUCCUGAAGUUUUCAGCUAAACUUGGUUUCCUAGAAUAGACUGUUAACUUUCAAAAUUACUUUUUACUGAUGACAUGGAAAUUCUGAUUUUCCUUUUGAAUGAAUUUUCAUACUGUAAGAUGCUAAGUUUAUAAUUCAGGUUUGAGCAAGGUGUGAAUUACUGAAGAAAAUAACUUGCUGGCUAUAGGAAAUGCUGUGGAAGUGAACUGUGUACAUACUUCUGGGAAGAACAAAUUUAAUCAUUUCUUCUGUUAAGCACUAAUCAGUAUAGUGCAACUCCUGGUUCUGUACUGUAUUUUAUAUGCAAUAUAUAUGCUUUAAUAUUUUAAUGUUUGUGCAUUAAUAUUUUCAGUUUGUUUAACCACUUUGCUGCUAAAAUUUUGCCAUCCCAUCCCCAUUUUUUCCUUUACAAUUUUAAACAAGUUUCUUCAUUAAAAACUACAGUGAUAAAAUGG